AUGGAGUCUCCCUGGAGCGGCCGUCUCCGUAGUCGCUCCGCUGGUGCCUCGCCGCUACGCUCUCGUCACCUACUUCCUCUCUCCCCACAGCAGCUGCGUGAGUGGUACGUUGGCCGUCAGGGUCGCGCUGCUGGAGCUGGGGGCCGUGCUGUUGGAGGUGCUGGAGCUUGUGACUCUACUCCUGGAGUUGUUUCUGCUGGAGAUCUUGGAGCUGCUGAGGGUGCUAGCGCUGGAGGUUCUGGAGCUGCUGGAGGUGCUGGCACUGGUGGCGCUGGAGCUGGAGGUUCUGGAGCUGCUGAGGGUGCUGGCGCUGGAGGUUCUGGAGCUACUGGAGGUGCUGGCGCUGGUGGCGCUGGAGCUGGAGGUUCUGGAGCUGCUGAGGGUGCUGGCGCUGGAGGUUCUGGAGCUACUGGAGGUGCUGGCGCUGGUGGCGCUGGAGCUGGAGGUUCUGGAGCUGCUGAGGGUGCUGGCGCUGGAGGUUCUGGAGCUACUGGAGGUGCUGGCGCUGGUGGCGCUGGAGCUGGAGGUUCUGGAGCUGCUACGGGUGCUGGUUCUCGAGGUUCUGGAGCUGCUGCGGGUCCUGGAGCUAAGGGUUCUGAGUCUGCUGUUGCGCGGUCCCCUUGGAGUAGCCGCCUUCGUCCGCGUGUGCCGCUCACGUCACAGCAGCUCCGCGACUGGUACGGUCGCCGUCCGGGUCGAGCUGCUGGAGCUCGGAGUUUUGCUGCUGGAGGUGCUGCUGCUGACGUUGCUGGAGCUGAGCCUGCGGGUGCUACUGCUGGAGGCCUUGGGUCUGGGGGUGCUGCUGCUGGUGGAGCUGGUCCUAGAGGGGCUGGCGCUGGGAGUUCUGGAGCUGCUGGAGGUACUGGAGCUGCUGGUGCUGGUGGCACUGCACCCCCGCGACUGUUCUUCGCUCCACCGUCUCCGUCGUCUCAGCCACCGCCUGACACUGUACUUAGUCAGGUUCUCAGCCUCCCGUCUUCUACUGGUCUUUCGUUACAGCCUGGGACGCCGCUGCCUGCUCCUUCCCCUUACACUGAGCAGGCAGGAGGUCUUGCUGAGCGUCGUGAGCCUGCGUCGCGUCCUGUCUCGCCUGUUCGUUCUGGUCGUACCAAUCAUCGUGUUCCUCGUCCGCGUUCGCCGGCUGUCCCCAGCGCGCACCUCGUCGUCCGUCGUCCUUUCUCUGCUCCGCAGUCUGUUCCUUUGCCGUCUCCUCCUGCGUCCUCUCUGCCUGUCGUUGCAGACCCUGAGUUUGACCGGUUUUGUGCUGAGCACCCUACUGUCACGCGUCUGUUAGCCACUGUUGUCACCGACCCGUCGUUUGAGUCUGCUGCUGCGUCUGCCUUGGUCGCUGAGCUUGUCGACUUUGCUGCUGCCUGUCGUCUAGACUACGCUGCCAGUCUAGUUGCUGAGUCUGAGUCUGUCUGUCCUCCGUCCGUCGGGGGUGAGUGUGCUCUUGGCACGGACGUCCUUGAGGACAAACAGGAGGACCUUGAGUGUCUUGCGGCCGCUGCGCCUCAUCUCGUGGCCAUGCUGCUUGCCCCUGAGGGAGACCCGGAAACUAUAGACAUCCCGACCCCGCGCUCUUACGCUGAGGCGAUCGCGGGCCCCUACUCCUCUCAGUGGCAGACAGCCAUGGACGCAGAGAUGGCAUCCUGGAAGUCCACAGGCACUUACGUCGAUGAGGUUCCCCCUCCAGGGGCGAACAUCGUUGAUGGCAUGUGGAUUUUCAGGGUGAAGCGGCCGCCAGGUUCUCCGCCUGUCUUCAAGGCUCGUUACGUUGCUCGAGGCUUCAGUCAGCGAGAGGGAGUCGACUUCUUCCAGACCUUCUCUCCCACCCCAAAGAUGACCACUCUUCGGGUGCUGCUGCACGUUGCCGCUCAGCGUGACUACGAGCUUCACUCACUGGACUUCAGCACAGCCUUCUUACAGGGCAGUCUGCACGAGGAGAUCUGGCUGCGCCGCCCACCUGGCUUCACUGGGUCGUUCCCGCCUGGUACCCAGUGGAGCCUCCGGCGGCCAGUCUACGGUCUCUGCCAGGCGCCUCGUGAGUGGCACGACACACUGAGGGCGACACUUGCGGCUCUUGGGUUUGCUCCUUCGACUGCUGACCCGUCGCUGUUUCUGCGCACCGACACUUCGCUGCCGCCGUUCUACAUCCUCGUGUACGUCGACGACUUGGUCUUUGCCACUGCUGACACUGAGGCUCUCGCCCUGGUGAAGUCGGAGCUGCAGAAGAGACACACGUGCACAGACCUGGGUGAGCUGCGCAGCUACCUUGGCUUGCAGAUCACCCGGGACAGAGCACGCCGCACCAUCACUCUGACUCAGUCUCACAUGGUGCAGCAGGUCCUUCAGCGCUUCGGCUUCACCUGGUCCUCGCCACAGUCCACUCCUCUGGCUACAGGUCACUCGCUCUCAGCUCCACCUUCGGACGAGUCCGUAGAGCCGAGUGGUCCUUACCCAGAGUUAGUGGGCUGCCUCAUGUACCUGAUGACCUGCACUCGUCCUGACCUUGCGUACCCUCUUGGCCUUCUGGCCCGUUACGUGGCUCCUGGUCGACACCGAAAGGUGCACUGGGAUGCUGCGAAGAGGGUACUGCGCUACCUGUGCAGUACAUCGGGCAUGGGGCUCGUGCUUGGAGGGCAGAGAGACGUGGUUCUCACUGGGCACUCUGACGCUUCUUGGGUUGACGACCAGGCUACACAGCGGUCGUCUCAGGGUUACACUUUCAGCCUUGGCUCUGGUUCUGUUUCUUGGCGUUCUACUCGCUCGUCUUCUAUUCUCAGCUCUAGUUGUGAGGCUGAGAUCUACGCCACAGCCAUGGCUGCACAGGAGUUACGCUGGCUCACUUACCUGCUGACUGACCUGGGAGAGCGGCCUUGUUCUCCUCCAGUGCUCUACGUCGACAACAAGGCCGCCAUUGCCUUGUGCGAGGAGCACAGACUGGAGCACAGAACGAAGCACAUCGCUCUGCGUUACUUCCUGGCUCGAGAGCUGCAGCAGCGAGGUCAGCUUCGUCUUGCUCACGUGGCCACCCAGGCCAACACUGCUGAUAUAUUCACCAAGGCACUUUCGUCUGGUGAUCAUCAGCGCUUUUGUACCCUGUUAGGCCUUGUGCCUACGUUUCCACACUUGUUGUAG